ACACUCAACUGUAAGACGGCGCGAGCGAAACUCUGACUCUGGUGUAGCGCGUGGAACAAAUUCCCUUCACAUCACAAAAUAUUAAGGAUUACUUGUUUCACUCUUCAUGGAUAAGCUCCACUAAGACAGGUCGUCUGAGCUUCCAGAGUCUUCCUCGUCACAAUGAGUUGGGGGGUGCUCUAUGCCCAGCUGGGCGGUGUCAACAAACACUCCACCAGUCUUGGAAAGAUUUGGCUUUCUGUCCUUUUCAUCUUCCGCAUCACUAUUCUGGUUCUGGCUGCAGAGAGCGUGUGGGGGGACGAGCAGUCAGACUUCACAUGCAACACGCAGCAGCCUGGCUGCAAAAACGUCUGCUAUGACCACUUCUUCCCCGUGUCGCACAUCCGCUUGUGGUGCCUGCAGCUCAUCUUUGUGUCCACGCCGGCCCUGCUGGUGGCCAUGCACGUCACCUACAGGAAACGUGGGGAUAAGAAGACCAUGCUGGCCUCCAAUGGCACAGACAGGAUGACAGAUAAGGACCUGGAGACCCUGAAGAAGAGGCGUCUGCCAAUCACAGGCCCACUGUGGUGGACUUACACCUGCAGCUUGUUCUUCCGCCUCAUCUUCGAGGGCGGCUUCAUGUACGCUCUGUACUUUGUCUACGACGGCUUCCAGAUGCCCCGGCUGGUGAAGUGCGAGCAGUGGCCUUGCCCCAACAAGGUGGACUGCUUCAUCUCCAGGCCAACGGAGAAGACCAUCUUCACCAUCUUCAUGGUGGCCUCCUCGGCCAUCUGCAUGGUGCUGAACGUGGCCGAGCUGUGCUACCUCAUAUCCAAGGCGCUCAUGAGGUGCUUGGCCAGGUCGAAAAAUAGGAAACUUGCUUACAAUGACAACAUGAUGCGGGAUAAUGCCCACCUGCAGAACAAGAAGAACGAGAUGCUGCUGUCCAGCAUAGAUUCGACCAGCAACAAGAUGUGUUGAAGGUGGCGGUGUGGUACCAGAGAAGAGGAGCAGCAUAACUCCAAACACCUGGAACGGUCACAGUUUGUGUGAGUGUCCACCAGAUUUGUCUCUUGAGAAGGUAAAACAGCCUCUGAAGCAGAUUUUGAGACCAUGGGAAAUUAAAAUGACCACAACAGAGAUAAGUUUAGUUAGACAGCAGCGUAUGGAGCCAACCUGCGACGCUCAUGUAGGGAAAUCACUGUAUCCUAUGCAUAUUUGCUCUGUAUACCUACAUAUGGACUCUAAUCUGCCAAGAAAGGUAGUUCGAUGUUCUUCCCUGAUGAAAAAAGAUCUUGUUAAUGUUACUUAAAGAAACACUUCACCCAAAAAAAGGAUAAUUUGUUUAUCAAUUACUCACCUCAUGUUGCCUUAACUUGUAUAAUCCAAGUCUUGUUCAUCCGGUUGUUCUUACUUCCCAAACAUGCAUUUUCGCUGAAAUCUGUGUUUUUAAAUGGUAAGAUUUUAGUAAAAAUGCACGUGUGACUGGAUGAAUACGACUUGGACUAUCAUGCAUGAAACGCGCCCCAUUUAUUUCAAUUCAUCUGACUUCUUUGCCAUAAAAAUAUGUGAGAAAAACUACAUUUUCUAUAAGCAUUGAAGGCGACACCGGCUGAGUAAUUGAUGUACAAAUGAUAACUUUUUUAAAGAGCCUGUUUCAGGCAGUAUUUUUUGUUUGCAUCUGUGUGUCUUCCACAUUGUCACAAGUGUCACCUUACCUUUCACACAGAGGAGGAUCGAUUUGAUGGAAGGUUUUAAUUUAUUGUUCACAGUUUGAAGUUGCUUUAAUGUUUUGAAGCAGAAGAAUGAGUCGACGCUGACAUCUAGUGGUUCUUAGUGAACAAACGCCUUCCUCCAACCCAAAGGAUUUAUUUGGUGUUGGAACAAGAGGAAGGAGAACAAAUGAAGUCAUGAAAAGUGAAGCAAAAAGUGCCUUUUUAUAAAUGUUUUUAGUGUCUAGUUUACAACAGCUGACAUUUUAUUUUAAAUGCGUGUUUUACAGUAACUGAUAAAAGCAGUUUUUAUGAUCCUGCUGUAUUGAAUCAAGUGACUGUAGCAUGAAGUUUGAAUCAUAGUUGAAUAACUUUGUAGAGUUUUGUGUUUUUAUAAUUACUGGGUGUGUUGCACGGGAUAAGAUUAUCUGACUUUAAUAUAUGAUACACCACAUGCUCUUUGCUGUUCGAUCAAAUCAGAAUGUCUUUUACUUGAACUGAAAGUGUUUCUUUACAUGAGUUAAAUGACCUAAACACACUGUCAAUGUGUUGCAUGCUAUCACAUGAACACAGGUGAUGAACAUAUGAAACGAUAUGUAUGUUUGGAUUGUACAAGAAGUUUUUAUUCUGCAGUCGGCAAGUGGUAGAAACCUCCCCGACUGAUCGCAGUGCAAUUUAUCUACAUCUGGACAUCAAAGUCUUAAAGGAAGAAGCAGAAACAAAUGUCACAUGACACAGAAAUAUUAAUGAGUGGAGUUAAAACAUAUCAGGUGUAAGAACCUUAUUGUAAAUCUGGAGAUGCUUGAAAGUGAUUUCUAGACAUUUCACUUGUAACAUUAGUUUUUUGUCCCCUGAAGAUGCUUUUACCCUCCGAGUUCAUUAAAGAGUUAUCAUCAUCAUCAUCAUCAUCGUCAUCAGCCAAUAUAUAUGUAUAACAUCCGGCUCUUAAUCCUGCGUUCACACAAGUGUUCCUGUCCCCCUGCUGCUCCUCCUGUGUUACUUGUUGGGCUUGUGUUGUGGUUGCAGUGUGUACUGACCCCAGCUGGCUGUAUCAGCUUUCAGCAUGUGCCUUAUUUUAGCCGCCACACUAAUCACCGCUCGCCCUCUUAACGUGAGGAAGUACGGGCCGAUGUCAAAGUGAAAAUGUCUUUGUGCUCCCUCCCGUCCAGGAAUAGCUGAGUUGGAUUAGUCCCAUCUGUGUUUGGACAGUAAUUGUCUGGAUGAGUCGUACGUUAACGUUACAUAAUCGAUGUAGAUCUGUAGCGUUCUCAGCAUGAAGUGUCGUGUCACAUUUUAAAGUGCGUGAUAUUGAGCAAAGAUCAAAACACAGAACAAAAAGUGUGAUUUCAACUUUCUUUUGUAUGUCUGCUCUGCGUUGACCUUUGACCUCUUGCUUUCUGUAACAGCCAAAUGACAUUUUGAUGCAACGUUUAUAAUGUGAUAGCAACGGCGUGUGUUUUUACGGGACGAGCCUGAUCAUUACGGUCCCGAGACUUUAACAUUUUUCAUAUCCAGAUUUUUUUUCUACAAUCUUUAGUAUCCUGCUUUUAACAGCAAACAACGAACUAACAACCAGACCGCUUUCUGAGAGAGAUGAGAAGAAUUAAAAAUGUUUGUAAUUGUGUUUUCUACCUGAGAUGUUUUUAUCACACUCGCACUUUGAUCCUUGAAGUCUUUUUGCUCUGUGAGAAUGUUUUUCAUAAAUCAGUAAAAAAAAACUAAAAA